AGAAAAAAAUAGAAGACUUAAUUGUACUUUUAACAAGGUUUUGACAUGAACUGGUUUAGACAUCAUUUCAUUAAAUUCACUGCAAUGAUAAUAAAUGAAGCUGCGGACAAUGAUUCCGAUGACUGAUGGACCUGAUGAAUAUGCAGAGGAUUAACAGUGUCGUUUUCUUAUCUUUUAUAUGGUUGUCGAAAGCCAGAACAGAGAAGAUCUGUACAGUCGGGGAGCCCCUGCAGAACGUCCGCUGUGACUAUGUAUCCAAAAACUGUCCGGCGCCUUACCGGUGUCACGGUGGGUCAAUACUGGGCGAGAAGAAUGGACAUUGUUGUAAAGAUCCACGUACCCUACUGUGCCGUCCUUGCAUCAAAGUCCAUGGCGUAUAUUACAACGGCAGUCACGGGAGCAGCAGUUUCCAGGCCAGUGUCGCCUUCAGAUGGGAAAACAAGGAAUGCAGUGAGUCUGCGCUGAUAUUAAACUGGAAUCCUUUUAUCAGGAUAACAGCAAUAGGAUACGAGAAUGAUGUCAUCAUUGAUCGGCUUUUGAACUGCAAAUCAAAUGAGAAACCAUGUAGAAAACUUUUCAUGAUGAACGUGCCAUUGCAAAAUUAUUAUGUAGUGUAUCGAGCUGAAUUGCCAACUUCUGCAUAUGCUUGCCCAUAUAAUGAAAUCGCCAACGUAUCACUGACGUCAUCUCCAUCGUUACCAUCACCAUCGCGCCCACCACAACUGCCAUCUCCACCACGACCACUGUCGCCCACCGUGGCAGUGAUAAUAGCGAGUCUGAUGUGUCUAACUGUCGUUGUUACCGUUGUGGUAUUCUGGAAGCGGAACCGCAUGAAAUUCAUAUUAUCCGGAGGAGUCUGUUGCAGGCAACAGAACAAUACCGAGACAGCUCUCGUUCUCAUCAACAGUAUGGAUGACGAAGACACUGUUAUGACCGUGGCUAUGCCUGAAGUCGGUUCGUCACUGUUGAAUGACCUUUGGGACAGAACUGGGUUGAGGUUUCUCACCGUACACCAAUUCCAGACAGAAAUAUUCCAGAACGCAAGUGAAUGGAUGGACGAUGUAGAAUCGAGAUACAGCAGAAUUCUAAUCCUAUUGACUGCUGACCUUGUGAAUGAUAGUGAAGACACUUCUAAUCCGUUAAACACGAUUUCAAGGUCACUCUUUGUGAGGUUACACAGAUCUGUUCGCAGCAGGAGGCGAAAAAUGUUUUACGUUUAUUUGGAGUCAGCUUCCUCCAUUAGCAAAUAUUUUCACGCCACUACCGGGAAUCAAUAUGAUUUGUUUCAAAGAGAUGUCCUUUGCAAAGAUUUCAGUCGUCUUGCCUCUGAUUUGAAGAGAAAGUGAUUCAGAAUCAGUUUUAGCUCGCCUGAGCCAAAGGCUUAGGGAAGUUAGCUCCUGAACUUUGGAGCACAACUGCGCAGGAUGUACAACUAAGUAUUUACUAGUUCAAUACUGAUCCCAUUGGUGCAAACAUAUUUCACAUCUAUUACUGAAAUCUAUUCAGUUGAAAAUUUUUGUAUCAAUUCAAAUUUUGAAAAGGGUUUGCCAUGGACUAUAUUUCGUGGAGGAAGGAUUGAUUAAUCAAAUAGUUGUAAAUCUGCAUGCAAUCAGAGUUUCUGUUUCAUUCAAUAUAUCUUCUAUUUCUAAACUCCUAUACAGUGGCGGAUUUAAAGGGGGCAGCAAAUUUAGGUAAAUCUUGGUAUCUUGUUUAGAAAAAUGUACGUUUAAAGAAGCAGUAAUCUCCUCCACUCCCGGAGAAAUAAAUGACGAAAUCUUCUGAUUUCUUGAAUUACUUAAUUGGGAGAACUUAAUUUUUUCCAAAAACCUGUAAAAUUUGCAUCAUUUUACUAAAUUCACUUUAUUAAAAAUGAUAGAAAAUAGUACAAAUGACUUAAACAGGAGAUAUAUUCCAAGCCCUAUAAAAUCUGUAAAAUCCAGGAGCUUUCGGGGGCUUCGCCCCCUGGGCCCCCACCAGGAUUUUGCCUUGGACCCACAGACCCCCUGUCUAAUAAAGUGGCGCCCCCUAACCGCAAUUCCUGGAUCCGCCACUGCUAUAUGUGUAUUUCAGUUUUAUAAUUCAUUAUACAAGUAGUUGAGACUUGAAACUAGAUGAAAUGUAAUUUAUUAAUUUUGUUGAUGUAUUUUUCCAAACAGAACAUCGAUUCUUUAAAAAGUUUGAAUUAACUUACUCGAAAUUUUGUAUAAAAUUUCAGUGUUUUCGCCAAUAAUUUAAAAAUUUGAUCUCCGUCCCCCAGUUUUUUUAAAGUCCCAUUUAAAAUUUUAAGACAAGACCUUGACAUUUUUUUUUGUAUAUCAAGUGAAAAAAGGUCACGACUUGUAUUAAUUUUUUUUUUUAAAAAUCUGUAUUGUUAGAAGACAUGAUUAUGCAUCUAUAUUUUAUGUAUUGAUUGAUUUGUGUUGUUUUUGUUGUGUUGACACCAAAAGAUAAAUCCAGUUUAAUUGAAUAAAUCUUGAGCAAAUUUUAAGAGCAAAAAGGUCAUGUUUAGAACACUGUAGCUCAAUAACAAGCAUCGCGACCCCCGUUUUUCUUUUUAAUUUCCUAAUUUUCCUUCACUGUAGAAAUCAAAAAUACGCUUCCCAUAAAAUUGACAUUACUCUAAAUCUCAGGAGCGAACAGAGCUUUAGUCUUGCGUUUGUUGUCGUCGUUAUAACUUUUCACAUUUUCAUCCCCCUCUUCAGAACCAUUGACCCAAUCAAACGUUGUACAAAUCAUCAGUGGGUAAAGGGGAUUCAAGUUUGUUCAAACGAAGGACCAUGUCCCCUUUAAAGUUCAGAGGAUAAAGAAAAAGCAAAAAUAGGAUGGGGUCACAAGCUCUUGACAUUAUAAAUAUGUAUAAUUAGAAUAAUUGUCUUUCUGUAAACAAACUGAAUAGUUUGUUCACAGGAAGACAAUAUUCUUAUUAUACAUCUAAAAAACACACAUCGAGAGCUUGUGGAUGGGGUCAUAUCAAACUUUCCUUCUCAAGAACCACUAGGCCAGAAAAGUUUAAAUGAAGGCUUCCUGAUUUAGUGCAGACUCAAGUAUGUUCAAAUCAUGGCCCCUGGGGCCAGAAUAGGGAAUCAAUGUUUUACAUAUGGUAUGCAUAUAUAAUUAUAUAGAUAUGUGCAGUGCAGAAGUGUGAACUCUGUCAGUAUUACCAGUAGUACUUCUAAAUAAUUGUUAUUUAUUUUCAUUGUUAUAAUUAAUUGCCUGUUAACAUGUACAUCCCCCC